UCUCUCUCUUUCUCUGUCUCUCCCCUAUCAGGUUGAAGCUGGGGAUGGGAAUGUGUGGUCGCUGUGCAUGCUGGGCUCAGAUUGCAGACAUACACAGAGACAGGGAGAAUGGUGGUACUGUUCGUGUUGCUCGUGUAGGUCGGAGCUGCAGGAGGAGAGAGGGGGAGAGAGAGAGAGAGAGAGAGAAGCAGAGGGAGAGAUGCUGCCUUGUCUGAAGUCUGGCUCUGUCUGAGCCGCCACUCUCUCCUCCCUCUCCCUCCCCUUCUCUCAGGUCAGUUUCACUCUGGUUACUUUCAGCGACGUUGUAACCAACGCAUCACAGCCCUGGCCACGCCGGGAGAGUGCAGUUUGAUAAUCUUUCUCCUGUAUUCCCCUCCGCCCAAGAGGAAGAAGAGGAAGAAAAAAAGAAGCCAGGCUCUGGAGGGGGUGAGCAUUUGCUAGCAAGUUUGGGGGGGGGAACGAGAGAGAGAGAGAGGAAAACAAAAAAAAGCCUGCCUUUCUCUGCAUCUCCUCAGUGAGAUGGUAACCCAUGAAGCUCACUGUCAGGAACAUGGUUGAAAGGACCAACAAAUUCAUUCUGAUUAUUGCUGGCUCCGCAAUUUUCAUGAUAAUCAUUUUCCAGUACGUGUGCCCGGGGACCAACUGCAGGAUCUCGGCGCCCCGGGGUUUCCAACACGAGCAGGAGGCAGUGGAUAUAUUCCCGACGCCCGACCCGCACUACCUGAAGAAGUAUUACUUCCCGGCGCUGGAUCUGGACAGGACGGUGGAUUUUGACAUCAAAGGCGACGACGUGAUCGUCUUCCUGCACAUCCAGAAGACCGGCGGCACCACCUUCGGCCGGCACCUGGUGCAGAACGUCAAGCUGGAGGUGCCGUGCGAGUGCAGGGCCGGCCAGAAGAAGUGUACGUGCUACCGACCCAACCGCAAGGAGACCUGGCUCUUCUCGAGGUUCUCCACCGGCUGGAGCUGCGGUCUGCACGCCGACUGGACCGAGCUGACCAACUGUGUGCCCGGAGUGCUGAACAAGAAGGAAAGCAAGAACAGAACUCCCAGGAAAUUCUACUACAUCACAAUGUUAAGAGAUCCUGUCUCACGCUACCUUAGUGAAUGGAGGCAUGUCCAACGAGGAGCCACGUGGAAGACCUCACUCCACAUGUGUGAUGGGAGGACACCAACGCCUGAGGAACUGCCACCGUGCUACGAGGGGAACGAUUGGUCAGGCUGCACGCUUCAACAAUUCAUGGACUGCCCAUUUAACCUGGCAAACAACCGGCAGGUGAGAAUGCUUGCAGACCUUAGUCUGGUGGGCUGCUACAAUAUGUCCUUCAUUCCCGAGAGGAAGAGAGCCCAGAUGCUUUUGGAAAGCGCCAAGAAGAACCUCAAAGAUAUGGCUUUCUUUGGUUUGACUGAAUUCCAAAGGAAAACACAGUACUUGUUUGAGCGGACUUUUAAUUUACAGUUCAUUAAGCCCUUCAUACAGUUCAACAGUACCCGCGCAUCGGGUGUGGAGAUCGAUAAUGAGACAAUCCACAGGAUUGAGGAACUUAAUGACCUAGAUGUGCAACUGUAUGACUAUGCAAAAGACCUUUUCCAACAGCGGUUCCAGUACAAAAGGCAACUAGAAAGGAUGGAGCGACGGAUACGGAAUCAGAAGGAGCAGCAACAACAGAAGAUCCCCGAGGAACUGCCCAAAGAGGAAAUGGAAGAGCAGGGACGCGUACCCACGGAGGAUUACAUGAGCCAUAUUGAGAAAUGGUAGCCAUGGUGGACUACUGCUUAUCUCAUGUUCUGAAAAUAAUGAUAAGUGAACUUUUGGUCUUCUAGAUCGUAAUGGAUCUCGGAGGUUGAAAGAAUUUUUUAAUGUCUGUAAUUUUGAAAAAAGAAUCUGUAAAACAGAGAUGUUUGCUUCAGGGCAGUAUGGGUCUUUCUAGACCACCCAGGUGCACAAGGGAUCUGGACACAGAACUAAGCCAGGAAACUACAGCUGGUCAACCAUAUGAUGUAAAGAAAUGAUUUUGUGACCCAGCACAGUUGAUGUCUGUGGAGCUAUCAGCAAUGGAUAAUGAAAUUUUCAACUACAUUUAUGGCACCUGGAUACACAUCCUGCAAUGAGAAAAUGGAUGUGUUUGCAUUAGCUCAGUGACUGGUGCCGUUUAAUUCUCAACAUGAAUAUGCAGUGUGUUCGUUUUUGGAUGAUUUCAUGGGGUUUGAAAAUUUUAAAAUUCAGGUUUGAAAUUUUGUACAGCCACUGGCCAAUUGAACCACUGAGUAAAAGCAUUCCCAAUCUAGUCCAAUUCCAGUCAUUCCCACUCAAGGCUAAUCCAACCCUUUUAUUCUCUCCCUUUUGCUUUCCUGAAGGACUCGACCUUCUUUCCUAGUGUUUGGUUCCAUGGACAUUGAUUGCCCUCCGUUAUAUUAUCCGAAUGAUUGUUAUUCAAGGAUGAUCCUUGAUGUGAAUGCAGGCCCAAUAUCUAGCUGCGAAGGGUACAUAAUUAGCCAAGCCUGAUCCAGUCCUCGGCCAAUACAUGCAUAGCCAUCACUGUACAUUAAGCAGGGAUGGGAAACCUGCCCAUUUCCUUUCCCCCUUUUCUUAAACCUGAGGUGUCAGGGCCAAUUGUAGGGCCCAUUCUGCUGCCUUAGGUGAGCUCGCCAAAAUCAGCACUGUCUUGGGAUGGAACCUUUGGACCUUCUUGACGCGCGUGUCUUAGAGAUCAUGACAACAUCCCUGACCCUAGCUCAAUUCUCAAUGGUCAAGAUAAAAGCUAUCUGUGUUUAUAAUUAAUACCAAGUUGCAACUGUAUACAUACUCAUCUCAUCUGAGCCUGUUGUUCCUGAUACUUAGCGCGUUGAGCCAAUUCAUGUGGGAAGUUUAACAAAGGACUUUUUUCCAGUUACCACAAUUCUGCAUCAGUUUGGGAAUCCCCUGGAUAUUCAUUUUGGUUGUCCUGAACAUUUUUUUAAGAUUGAAUAUUAUACCUGCACAUCUGUAAUUUUCUCAGUCAUUCUCCCAUAGUUCAGAUAGUCCUGUCAGCAGGGCAAAAAGAUUAUUGUAGUUCAUGAACCUCUUCACUAUGUCACUCAAUAUCAUGCUGUAGCCAUCCAUUUCAUGUUGUUUAUGCCAGACCAGAAACAUUUUUAAUUGUGUAACAUUUCGAGAAUGACAUCCAACAACCCCAUCAUACAUUCUUGUGAGCACCAGACAAUUUUAGAUUAAUUUGAAAUCUUGCAGUGCUGACCAUUUUAUUCUCUAACGCAAAUUUAAUGGUGUUACUUACCUUUGUUUUAGAUUCUGGAAGGUGAGCUGGUACACAGUCCAACUAGAACAUCAACCCUCUUCCUCAGUCAGCAUCUUACCUCGACCAUUCUCAAACUUGAAACCUUAAAAUCUGGCAUUCUUUGUCACAAAAUGAAAAUACCAAUAGUAUUUUGUUCAGAAUCCAAGAGCAGAUCUGACUGACAGAAAAUUGAGAAAUGUAAUCUUUGUUAGGCUAACCAUUUUAAUUAUGAUAAAGCCGCAGCAUAUUUUAUAGUUGUACCAUCUGAAAGAGUAGUAAUCAUGUUUUUCUUCUCCCCCACCUCCUCUCUUUGAUAACACACAAUUUUGGAUAAUUCCUAAGAAUCAACUUCAGUAAAGACCAACCAAAUUGAGGUGAAUGAGCUUGUUUUGUUGUGUGCCACUAGAUUCUCCAAAACACAUAAUCAUAGAGCCUCUCAAACAGUAUACACCCUUCCUUCCUUUCUUCAGAGAAAAUCUAAAUGAGUCAAAACGAAGUGUGAUUACCAUCUGUCCCAACUGUUGUGGCUUCCUUUGGUCCAAAUAUGACAGUCAUUAAGGAUAUAAAAUAUUCCAAAUUUGGAUGAUAAGUUAUUUGUUAUUUUCAAGAACCAGAGAAUUCAUUGAAUAGGUUAAUUCUAAGAGAUAAUAAGUGACAGCCUAUUUCUGUCUGUUGCAAUCAACUUGUCACACGAUCUCCAUUUAUAAACGCAAAAUCUGUGUAAUCUGGAUAAAAAAAACUGCUGCCUUUGAUUUCAUAAUUCACCUUUGCUCUAUCAUUGUUAAUGUGAAAAAGUUGCACAUUAUCCCCACCACUGAUGUCCAGCAACAUUGGCCAUACAGUAUCUAGGUGCUGCUCAGGAUUUGUGUUUUCUUUGUAGUGCUUUGUCAACCAUCUAAGCUAAUUUCUUUGCCUGGGUGUGCCUGGUUCCAAGAAGUACAGUAACGUUUUACGAGCCAAGCCAAGUUAGUUUAUGUACAAAAGCUGCGAAGCCAUAUGUGGUGUCUCCCUGGUUACUGUGUAUGAAGGAGCCAGUGACAAUUCAGUGCAAUUUUAUUCCCCCCUUCCUCCUCCCAGACACCAAAUUUGAACAUUUUAAAGGGGUGGUGUCAACUUGGUAGCAAAUCCUUGGGCAGGCAGGCUUUGUUUCUGGAACAGUUUCAGGUUUCAUAUGUUACCGUUAGAUUAAGUCAAAGACAAAUACCUUUUAGUGGCAGAUGCGAUUGGUAAUGCAGCUGUGUAAUUGUACUCCCAACAGACCUGCCAGCUGUCGCUCAUUGGGAGUGACGGGCUUUCGUUUCGAGUGAAAAUUUUAACAUGUUUUGAUAUAUGUCAUGGAGAAAUAAAUGGAUAAAAUAAAUGAAUAUGUUUAAAUGG